AUGAUUCGCGAACGGGUGCGGAUGUUUGUGGCACUUUGUGCUUGUUGCAUCUUCGUUGUUCGAACUAACGUGAUGCUUUAUCCAGUCGUCACAUACCAUGAAGCCUUGGGACAUGAAGGAUAUGUGAACGUAUCCAUCAUAGACAUUGGUGAACAUAUUACCAACAGAACGUACUUGUUACACUUUGAAAGUUUGCGUGAAAUCCGAGACAUGAAGACCUUUUUCUCCUACUCUAUACGUGCGUUCGAUGGUGCGGUACAGCAAAUGCUUCUUAGCCGGUGGAUCGAUGGUUGCGAGUUCCUUAGGCGACCGAACAGUUUUCGAUUGUUGAAAAUGUUUUAUGAUGCUGUCAAAAACAAUAGCAAAAUACCCCUCUGUCCUUACCGGCCCGGGUACGUGAUGGCGCUGAACAUUACGCCGUCUAAUUUUCCUAUUCCCGCUUUUAUACCGGAAACUGAUUUUUUGGUCGAAGUUAAGGUUUACACACGAGCACGCACGCUUUUAAUCAUAGAAACAAGAUGGUACGGUAGUCUGUUAAGAAUGGAAAAUUGA